AUGUCGGGGCCAGGGUCUCAAAAGAUCAUUUACAGCCUUGUGGCAAGGGGCCAAGUAGUCCUUGCGGAGUAUAGCGCCGUCACCGGCAACGUAAAUGUCAUCGCUGUCCGCAUCUUGGAGAAGCUGCCCCACGAGGACACGCACGUGACGUACACUCAGGAGAGGCACAUGUUUCACGUGAUAGUCUCCGAGGGCUUCACCUACCUCGCAGUGGCGGAGGAGGCCUUCGGUCGCCGCAUUCCGUUCGCGUUCCUGGAUGAUGUACGGAACCGCUUCAUGGGAAUGUACGGCGCGGCUGCCAAGGAGGCGGUGGCUUACGAGUACAAUACGGAGUUCGGCAAGGUGCUGGGCGAGAGAGCUGCGGCGUUCAGUGACCCCUCAUCAGACGUCAUUAGCCGCAUGCAGGGCCAGCUUCAGGAGGUGAAGCACAUCAUGAUCGAGAACAUCGAGAAGGUGUUGGAGCGAGGGGAGCGCCUUGACCUGCUGGUGGACAAGACUGAGGGGCUGCAGCAGGUGUCGCUGGCGUUCCGACAGCAGGCGAGAAGGUUGAAACACACGCUGUGGUGGAAGAACGCCCGGCUGUGGCUGGUGAUCAGCGGCGCUACCAUGGCGCUCAUCUACUUGAUCGUGGCGAUGGUGUGCGGCUUCUCACUGCGACACUGCUGA